GCUCUUAAUGCGAGAAGCCUUGGGGGAAGACGUGCAGCUCAUCACUGAGCUGGGUGCCGCGGGCUACAUUAGCAAAGUGGCCUUGCCACCCUUGGGGGAUCUGAUGUUUGAGGGUGAGGAAUGUGCCACGGAGGAGGCGGCGCAAACAGCAGCUUUGAGAAUCUGCCUCGAGGCCUUUGCCAGUGCCAGUGACAUUGCCCGCGACGGGCUCGGGUCGCCCGGCGGUCCAAGCCAACGGCGGUGCCCCAAGGCGCCCUCGGAGCCGCCGCCGAAGUUUCGAGACCAGAGUGGAGGCUGGGGAGAGGACUAUGAGGAUGUCGUGGUCGAAGUGAAGGAGCCCACGCCGAAGCGGGUGGCGAAGCAGGACGCCGAGCCCAUGCCGGUGGGACGCGUGGGACGCCUGCACCUCCCGAGGCCAAAGGUGAAAGUGAAAGCAAUGCCCAAGCCCAAUGAACAAGUGGCAGCGGCGGACCGCACGGGUUGCUCCUCGGCCGCCGCGGGUCGCACCGAGCGGCCUCGGGUCGCCCAGCUGAAGAAGAACCACCGAUCUGGCCGAGGGGCAUCGAAGAUCGUUGGGGCAUGA